AUGCAGAGUUCAGUACUUCGCCGCCAAUACCACAACCUAUUGGGAGAACCCAUUUGUCUGGACAUUCAUCGGUUCACUAAUUGCUGUCAACUAAUGAUCACCAAAACUAACCGAAGAAUGGAUUCGUUGCAAUGGUUGGCAUUGACUAUAGUCUUAGUGUCCAUUGUCUUCUCAUCCAAUGUCAACAAAAUUUUGGAUCGACUGGUGAUACUGUCGAUGACUAUUGUCCUUAUGAUAGCAUUAGUGUAUUGGCGAACACCGGUGUAUAAAGAGUCGAUAGUACUGUUAGACAAUGUGUCGGGUCUUGAGUUGACACAACACUACUCACUGUUUGGCAAGUGUUGGAAGCGCUCGCAAUUCAUACUGAGCUCUACUAUAAUCAUCAACGAAGCCAUUACUAUGUGUUGGAAGCGCUCGCAAUUCAUACUGAGCUCUACUAUAAUCAUCAACGAAGCCAUUACUAUGCAUCGAGUGAUCUACUACUUGGUGUCCAUUCCCCUGUCAUUAAGUACUAUACUAUUGAGUGACAAUUCAAAUGAUAGCAAAACUAAGUCACAAACGGAGUCUGUUAGACAAUGUGUCGGGUCUUGA